CACAGUACACUAUUACUCACACACAAAACCACUCCUCCCACCUAGUAUUUAAACUAUUCCCCCCGCGUAUCAACAUCAGAAAAAACCCUUUGUGGAAUUAUAAGACUUUGUUUUACAACUUUAUACCUAACUGAAAUAACCCAGUUUUUCUUUUGGAACGUUCAAGGCUCUCAUCAUCCAAGGGUCUCAAACCUGUUGGCUGCACAGUUCUUAGACCAGCCGAACAGUAAGUGACAGAUAGGAUGUGUACAGGUAAAUGCUCCCGGUGUAUUGGGGUGACGCUGUACCCUCUAGCAGUCAUCUCCAUCAUCUGUAACAUCAUACUGUUCUUCCCGGAUUGGGAAACCAGUUACGCCAAAGAUGGAUACAUCACAGAAGAGGUGAAGUACAUGGGAGGACUGGUUGGAGGGGGACUAAUGGUGUUGGUACCAGCAUUUUACAUCCAUGUUACUGGACAGCAGGGCUGCUGUGCCAAUCGCUGCGGGAUGUUCCUCUCCAUUGCCUUUGCUGCGGUCGGGGUUGCUGGCGCCCUCUACAGUUUUAUAGUGGCAAUGCUUGGCCUAAUUAACGGGCCCUACUGUAGAGUGUUGCUGGUCUGGAUGACUCCCUUCAAAGACAGAGAGAACAGUUACCUGAACAACCGUGAUCUGUGGGGCUUGUGCACAGCGCCUAACAACGUGGUGGAGUUUAACAUUGGGCUGUUCGCCAUCCUGCUGGUGACCAGCUCUCUGCAGCUGGUGCUCUGUUGCAGCCAGAUGAUCAACGGGCUCUUCGGAUGCCUCUGUGGAACCUGCACCAACAAAGGGGUUGUUUAAUGGAAGGAAGACUCCUAUUCUACACUCAAUCCAUGAUGAUUGACUGGUGCCUCUAAGUGGACCAAGAAAGAAAUUGGCUUCAAUAUGUUUGCAAUGCGAUGCACACCAUUCUCACUUAUUUGAAUGUUUGCAAUGUGAUAUACCUUCUAAAUGUUCAUUUUAGUCAUUUAGCAGACGCUCUUAUUCAGAGUGACUUACAGUUAGUGAAUUCAAUUAACUGUUAAAUGUAUUAAAUGUAUGCACACAUGACUGUAAGUCGCUUUGGAUAAAAGCGUCUGCUAAAUGGCAUAUUAUUAUAUUAUUAUUAUUAUUAUAGGUAGGUAAGACAACCGCAUAUCAAAUUAGCAUUUGUGGGUAUAGUUAGAUGCAAAUGUAGAAUGUGUUUAAAUGUGUUUUAAACAGAAAUUAACGCUUUGUCCGAAACAUGGAUUGGUGUCAUUUCAGAAUUUUUCAGUAAACUCUUUGUAUACAUUUUCUGAAAUAAAAUGAAAUAUUUGUUAUUCUUUAA